UGCCAUAACCAUAAGAUUUUGAGUGCAGGCGGGCCUCCUCUUCAUUCAUUUUGUUGUCCACUUUUUUGUGACAUUGCACUGAACAUUACUUCUAUAGAAGAUGGGAAGAUCUCCCUGCUGUGAAAAGGCACACACAAAUAAAGGGGCAUGGACUAAAGAAGAGGAUGACAGGCUUAUUGCCCACAUUCAAGCCCAUGGAGAAGGCUGCUGGAGGUCCCUCCCAAAGGCAGCAGGGCUUAUGAGGUGUGGGAAGAGCUGCAGGCUAAGGUGGAUAAACUAUUUAAGGCCUGACCUCAAGCGAGGAGAUUUUGCUGAAGAAGAGGAUGAACUCAUUAUCAAGCUUCACGCCCUUUUGGGAAAUAGAUGGUCUCUAAUUGCAGGUAGAUUGCCAGGAAGAACAGACAAUGAAAUAAAGAAUUACUGGAACACCCACAUCAAGAGAAAAUUACUGAGCCGUGGAGUAGACCCACUUUCUCACCGUCUUAAUAACCGCCCUAAUAACAAGAGCAACAGCUGUAAUAAUAAGUUCCCCAAGGAGGAAGUUAUCAUGGCAGAUUUUUUUCAACAUCAGGACUCUGAUGUGACCAGCAGCUCUACUAAAAGUGCAGCUUCAGACCCUGACACAGCAGGUGAAGAGAGGGAGGAUAUAAAUCUUGAUUUGUGUAUCAGUUUGCCUUGUUCUACCCUUCCUAAGAAUAAUUUAAAGAAGAUUAGAGUCAUUAUAGAAGACAAAUCGAGAUGUCAGAGUUGAAAUAUCAUUAGAUUAGGAGACUGAUCAUCUUAUGUAAUUGAUUAAAUAUAUUAUCUUAUGAAGAUAAGAAUAUCUGGACUACAGACAAGACAACCUCAGAUCAAAGGCCACCCAGUUACAUGGCCUGGGCUACUUUGUAAAGUAUUUUUGGAUUUCUUGUCAAUAGAAGGUACUCCAUAUUCCACCA